AUGGACAGGCUGGGGGUUCUUUUUGUGCUUUUGGCUGGUACUAGCCGGGUCUGGCUUUGUGGAACAGAGCAGGUCGUCUCUAGGAGUGCUUUUUUGGCUGAGGCACGUUUGUGGCAGCAGGAGCCGGGAAAGCUUGUCAUCUCCGCGAUCCCCUGCACGCUGAGACGGUUGCCUCUUCUACGGCCAUCGAGGGGGCAAGGAAAGCGGGUGCUCGAUGCAUCAUCUUUGAGUUGGGUUCCUCAAACCCUAGUGAAAGCCCUAAACAGCCAGGACUACGACAAGUCCAGCAUCGGCGCCCCGGCGAGGGACGCCACGCUGUUCUUUGAUUCUGUCACUUUCUCCUUCUCUAGAUGGGGGUACGCGACUAAUCAGAAACUAAACUGUCAGAUCAAUAGGCUGCUUUCUUGCUGCAAGGCACACUCUGAUGAUGGCCUGCACCUCAAAGAGACGGAUGCAUUUGAUAUUUGUGUGAGCUUCAUUGAAGAGAGCCAGCAUAUGUUUCCUAAACAACUGAGGCAGGAAGCUGUCAUUAUUGUGAAGAGAAUAGUGUUAAAUAGCCUUGGUUGUGCUAAGCAGAAGGAGACACAUGGAUUGGAUACUAAAGUUUCAGAGGAGGUGAUCUACCUCGCUGCUGUACUUAGGCUAAUGGGUUCUUCUUUUCUAGAGAUUCUUAACUGUCUUAGGAAAAUGAGGGUUGAAGAUGGCAUGCAACAUCAGAAAUUUACCGAGCUUUGCAUAUCUGAAACCAUCCGCUUGCUUGGGCAAUAUGAAGCUAAUGGACUUCAUAGGGAUGACUUGUUUGGCAGGUUUGAGAAGCCUGUUGACAGGGAAAUGCCCUUGGUGUUGAUGCUUUUUCAUGUUGCUAGUCUAUUAGUCUUUUGUUUGAGAAUGAGGUUUGGUUUUCUGUGGAAAGGUUGCAUUAUCAUGCUGAUGAUGACCAUGAAUCUUGUGAUUGAUCAAGAGAGAAGUAUGAGUGCAUUUCAGUUUCUUAUUGCUUCAAAAGAUUCUGCAACUCCUUCCAUUCACCAACAGGACAGUUUGAAGGUUUCUGUCCCCAGAAAGUCAAUAGCUUCUCAGUUCAACAAUUUACGUAAACUUCGUGUUGGAGGUGACAGAAGUUUGGGCACCCCUCAGAGGUGUAAAUCUCGAGACGGAAGAGCCAUUUUCGAGCUCAUUCCAGGAUACAAACAAAACUCUUCAGAGUGGGAUGAUCUUGUGGAUUUUGUUGAAUGCGAUGAAGAUGUGGAUUAUUCAAGUUGGUUUAUGCAGCGGGCCAAAUUCAAGCAGUAUAAGGACACCAAAUGGAAGAGAAGCAAGCGACCCAGCGAGAACUCCUCCAAGAUAAGGGAACUCUAUGCGAAUAAAAGUGAAAGGCGGAAGACCUCACGGUGACUCAUCUGGCUGGAUUCCAUGGAUUGGCCCAAAUAACAGAUUGCGUACUAGCCCUGCCUUGUUGUUUGAAAUGAAACUGUUCUGUGAUGUGACAUAAGUGAAAGUAUGUCCAUUUACAGAAGUGUAUAUAUGACAGUUGACUGCUGAUCAGGGAUCUUCUUAGCCGUUAAUUUUUUGCGCUGUGCUUUCAUGAAAAGAAAAGACAAUUAAGCAAAACUGUUCUGUGUUUUCAUGAUGUCGUCUGAGUUUGAAGGGUUUUAUCAUUUCUUAAACGGUUUUGCUAUAUCUUAGUCGACCACGCGAUAACUACAAGUCGACAGUAAGAACCAUCUGAUUGAAAUUUUUGGAUUUAAAUAAGUAGGGAUGAGAAGAUCAUCAUCUAACAACUAUGAAUGUCGACUGAGAAGUUGUAACUUCUUUGUGAAGAUUAUGUGAUCUAGUGGUGUUCGAGCUGUUUGUAUCUUUGGAAUAUGUGCAGCCUUGAA